AUGAAGGAACUUCGAGGGGUGGAUGGAGCUCCUUCUGGCCAACUAGUCGAGGUCACGCUGGGCAGGCGGCAAUACGUCGUCAAGGUUCAAGAUGCUGAGGACUUCAGGCUGACCCCAUCGUCCCUUGGGAGCUCCUCGGGCGAUAGAUCAAAAGCCGUCUUGUGCGAUAACGUAGUCAUCGGAUCGGUGGGGAUAUCGUGGACUCGUGCUGACCUCGUCCACCUCGUUCAAGAUCACAUGCGCACGUGCAUUGCCGCCACGGAUCCAUGGAACCGCUUGGUAAACGUUCUCCUCGCUACACAUCCCAAUGCCCUUGUCACGGUGGAUUACUCUGCGGCGCAUUACCUCCUAGCGAUCGCCGUGCCAUUCGCCUCCACAAAUACAACGAUGCACAUUCGUAUGCAUGCAGACAUUAGAAUACACGAUGCAUGCGUCGAGUACUCAUGCAACGAAGGCAGUCUCACUGUCAUUCUCGACACACCACGGGAUAUCCAGGAUGCUCUCGACGUCGUCGAAAGGCAGAGGUUGUGCCGCAUCGCGUUCUUGGACGCAAUGUCCCACCAGCUACUCGUGCUUUCUUUCGAUGCCGUCCACCACGGCUCGUUCGACUGUGCCAUCGUGCACGACAAAAUGGAAGUGUGCUGGAUCGACGUAGUCCGCGUGACAUUUGCGCCCACAUGGGGUCUUCCAAGCAGCCAGGCCAUUCAAGCAGCCCACCAGGCUGCAGGAAUUCCAUACUUAUCCAUUGUGCUCAUCGACGCCAGUGGCGAGUACCCAAUCGAAAUUGCGACGGCCGAGAUGAACUCAUUUUACGCCAUGCUCAUCGCCGUCCCAGCAACGGCAGCUUCAUUCAGCUCGUGGCUUCGCCGUGUCCUCAUUCAACGGCACGAGCGCCAUUCUCCGAUUGAUUGAUUAUGCCCACCGGC